CGCGUCCAAUCAUGCCUUGUUUUCCUGUCGGUAGCAUCUGUUGCUGCGGACAUUGUUGGAAACCAAACUCUUCAUGAGAAGAAAUCAGGUUUAACAUCUUUAAAGUGAAACUAUAAACUAUAACAAAGUUUGAUGUUUACACCGGACUAGACGAGGAGGAGGGGGGUGGGGUUCCGCUCCUGGAGGAGGCGGGGCUUGAAUUCCAAAGUGGGAACGAGUUUCCUCUCGAGACGUCACUCCGGGAUAGGCUGCGAUCCGCCGAGCUGUGCUGUCACUCAUCGGGGUUUCGGGCUGAUCACCAUCGCUUCCUCCGGACGCGACCCCCCAGGCAGGAGAAAGUAGCCCUACCCGUCGCGGGAUUAAAGUGAUCGCCAGUCCCGUCGCUUUCGUCGAAACUGCCAGUGAGAGACGGGGGUUCAUGCCGCGUUGGGUCAGCUAAAUGCGGCACGAAGCUAAAAUGAUGCCGAUGUUCCUAACUGUAUACCUCAGUAACAAUGACCAGCAUUUUACUGAGGUUCCCGUCACCCCGGAGACGCUAUGCCGGGACGUGGUGGAGUUGUGCAAGGAGCCCGGUGAGGCGGACUGCCACCUGUCCGAGAUGUGGCGUGGAUCCGAGCGAGCCGUAGGCGACGGAGAGAGGAUGCUGGAUGUUCUCCAGCGAUGGGGACAGCACAGAACAGAGGUGCGCUUCUUUCUGCGUCAUAACCGAGCCCCCAGCAGGGAAUCAGGAGGCUCAAGAGGCUCAGAGCCGAAGAGGAAUGGAGUGAAGGGUCCUCAAGAAAGGAGGAUGGAGAACGGGGUGGCGACACCCCGCAUGGACAUGACGCUGGUCGAGCUUCAAGAGAUGGCAUCCAGGCAGCAGCAGCAGAUAGAGGCUAAACAACAGCUCCUCGCUUCCAAGGAGCAGCGGCUGCGCUACUUGAAGCAGCAGGAGCAGCGUCAGCAGCAGCAGGCCUCUGAGCAGGAGAAGCUCCAGCGCCUCCGAGAGAACAUUGAGAACCAAGAGACUCGGCUCAAGAAGGUCCGGGCACUCAAGGGCCAGGUGGAGCAGAAACGCCUCAGCAACGGCAAACUGGUUGAGGAGAUAGAACAGAUGAACAACCUGUUCCAACAGAAGCAGAGAGAACUAGUGAUGGCUGCAUCAAAGGUUGACGAGCUCAGCCGUCAGCUAGAUUUGCUGAAAAAUGGCAAAAUGGAAAACUUCCAUGACAACCAGAGCUCCGUCGCCGAACUAGACCGACUCUACAAGGAGCUACAACUGAGGAACAAGCUAAACCAGGAUCAGAACUCUAAGUUGCAGCAGCAGAGAGAGAACCUGAACAAGCGCAACCUGGAGGUGGUUGCCAUGGACAAACGGAUCAAUGAGCUCCGAGAUCGGCUGUGGAAGAAGAAGGCAGCACUGCAGCAGAAGGAGAACUUGCCUCCUCAGAUGCCCCGACAUUCACAGCUCACCCAUGCCAACAAUGGCUACCCUGGUAAAGAGAGGGCUUCAAAAGACACUCAUCUUCAGCAGCCCUCUGAUAGCCUGGCCGGACAGCAGACAGGUCCAUCUCGAGUGGCAGCGGUCGGCCCAUACAUCCAAUCAUCCACCAUGCCCCGGGGCCCAGUGAGACAUGACCUGCUUGUAAAGCCAGCCUACCCUGACGGCACUGCCACCCUACCAGCCCACGAACCACAGAGCAAGGCCGGUGCAGCAGGAGCAGAGGAGUCUGGGACACCUGCUGGUUGUGAUGUCACUCUGAGCUCAGAAGGUCCAGACUCUAACACCAACGGUCAUGGUCCUUCUUCGACACUGCCACGAAUGUCCUCUCACUCCCACGCAAACGCAGAACAAGAUGAGACGGAACUGAAGAGAGACAGGAAGGUACGUCCACUUUCCAUGUUCGAGUCAACAGAAGUUCCCACCACCUCCCUCCGCAAAAACCAGAGCAGUGAUGACCUGGUCAGGGAUGCUCAUUCUGCCCCCAAGGCUCCGGUCAAGGUGCCUCCUCCCGUCCCCACCAAACCGAAAGGCCCGGGGGUUAUGCCCUACAGCAAACCAGGCCUCAACACAGGCACUUUCCCUAAAGCCAAGCCCCACAGCCAGCAGCCCCAGGCUGCCCAGAACCGCACCCCUAUGACACCCUCACAGAGCCAGACACUCCCCCUGCCCACCAAGCAGGACGUUCCACCUGCAGCCACCGUACGGCCCUUCACCCCAGAGCUGCCCUCCUCCAAAGAUACCAGCCUGACUAAGCCCCAGACCUUAGCGGCCAGCUCCAUAUACUCCAUGUACACACAGCAACCUGGCUCAGCCAAGCCCUUCCAGCCCAGUUUGCAGGGUGUUCUCAACAGGUCCCAGAACCGCAACAACGGAUUCACCAGUGUGUACGGUAAACCAGUGAUCCCCAUUGGAGGCCCCUUAUAUCCAGAGAACCCGUACCUGGACCGCCGCUCCCCUGCCCCAGAGUUUGAAGUUGACCACAAUGGAGCCAACAAUGUGGGUCCCAUCUCAUCUGAGGGCCCCCAACCGGAAACGGAGCGCACCCCCCGGCCCCUCAGCCCCACCAAGCUGCUUCCCUUUAUUUCUAACCCCUACAGACAUCAGAGCGAGGGUGACUUGGAAGCCCUGAGAAAGAAACUCUACAACGCCCCGAGGCCCCUGAAGAAACGCAGCUCCAUCACUGAACCGGAAGGUCCUGCAGGGCCCAACAUUCAGAAACUCCUGUAUCAGAAGACCACACUGGCAGCUAUGGAGACCAUUGCGACCACACCAACCACCCCCACUUACGCUGGUGAAGCAGAGCAGGUGGCAGAGGGAUCUGUGGGGCCACAUGUUCCAAACCUUCUCAUGGGUGCAGAGAACCACCCUUCAGAGACAGGACCUGCUCUGGAGGGAGGACAGCCGCAAUCUUCCCUUCCUGUCCCUGCCGAAAAAACCAAAACGCCUUCAGCUAUCCCAGAGAGUGAAGACAUUAUCCCCCCUCCUCCUCCAUCCCACCCGGCCCCCAGGCCAGAUGAUGCCAUUUUCCUACCACCACCCCUUGCUGGCUUGGAGGACAUAAUCCCCAACCUGCCUCCUCCGCCUCCAGAGGGCUUCCUUGAGGAGUUCCCUCCCUACCCACCUCCACCGUACCCCAGCGGAGGAGAGCAGGACAGUUUGGGAGAGGACACCUUUAACAUGAAGGCACCAGAGGUCACGGGCCAAGUCACACUACCACCGGGGAAGAGGACCAACUUGCGCAAGCUUGGCUCUGAACGCAUCGAUCACAGCAUGAGAGUGAAGUUCAACCCACUGGCUCUGCUGCUGGACUCGUCUCUGGAGGGAGAGUUUGACCUGGUCCAGAGAAUCAUCUAUGAAGUUGAGGAUCCCAGUCUGCCCAACGAUGAAGGCAUCACAGCUCUACAUAACGCUGUCUGUGCCGGACACACAGAGAUUGUCAAGUUUCUGGUUCAGUUUGGAGUCAACGUCAAUGCUGCUGACAGUGAUGGCUGGACACCUCUUCACUGUGCUGCAUCCUGCAACAACGUACAAGUGUGCAAGUUCCUGGUGGAGUCCGGCGCUGCAGUGUUCGCUAUGACUUACAGCGACAUGCAGACGGCAGCUGAUAAAUGUGAAGAGAUGGAGGAGGGCUACACCCAGUGCUCACAGUUCCUCUAUGGUGUGCAGGAGAAGAUGGGCAUCAUGAACAGGGGUGUGGUCUACGGUCUGUGGGACUACACCAGUGAAAACCCUGAUGAACUGACGUUCGGCGAGGGAGACUGCAUGACCAUCAUCCGCAGAGAAGACGAGGACGAGAUGGAAUGGUGGUGGGCACGCAUGGCCGACACCGAGGGUUACAUUCCCCGCAACCUCCUCGGGCUCUAUCCCAGAAUAAAGCCUAGACAGAGGACCCUGGCUUAAAACACAAAGACCCUGGACAUUCCAGUCAGCCAGCGUGCGCGUGCACACACACGAACAAACCCACACGCUUUAACAGACUGGAAAAGAGACAGACUCUGCUGAAAUGAAGAGACAACGACAGACCAAACCAUAUGAAGGAUCAACUCUGAGCUCUUUCUGGCACUUUUCUGUUUCUACAAUAGAAGGAUUCUCUCUCUCUCUCCCUCUUACUGUGUACUUUGUACUCAAGACACUAGUGGCAUUGUUUUUCCUUGACCCUGCUGUUUUUGUACUUAGCAUCUGAACUACUCAGCUACUAUUUCUAAAGUGACAGAAACUCAAAACUUGGGAUGUAAAAGGAACGAGCAGUAUUUUUAUUUCUAGAAAGUGAUUUUUACACUUUUGAACUGUUCUUUAUUUUCUAACAAACUUGGGGCUCUACGUUGCAUGUGGUGAACGAGUGGAUGAUUCUUUUGAAUUGCUGAUACCUUGACAAUCUUAGGGAGCUUGUUUCUCGUCGUCUACCCUGAGUAACCGUGCCUCUGUAUAUCUACACUGGAGGUGAAAAGUUUCAGCUGUGACCACCACUGUUCUGCCUAAAUCGAUGAAAUAUGAAAGGAUUGGUGGGAAAGACAGACGGUGAAGCUUUUGAUUGAUCUUUUGCUGUUCACGCUGUGGUCGAUGAUGCCCAGAAAUCCAGUCUCCUGCAGUGACACGUGUUUAAGAUGCCACAAGAUACCACAAGAUACUGUGUAUACAUGUACUUCUGUCACACAAACUAGUGAAAUGUUGCUGUAGGAAUGAUAUUGUUAUGAAAAUGGAUUUCAAUAAGUAUGAAUUUUACAAUACAGUCAUGUAAUGAGGCAAGCCUAAUACCAAGAAUCUUGACUUUUUGUAGUGAUCAGUAAGAGAUGACUCAUUAUAUUGUAAAGUCACAACAGUCAAACAAGUCAAGUCAUCUCUUAAAAGCAAAAAAUUACAUUCCCAAAACUCACCUUAUCACAUAUCUCUGUCAACUCAGAUGUAUUUAUUUUUGUUAUGUUUUUCUUUAGCCCUUUUGUCAUAAUUAUAACCUCAAAUGUACUGUAGUAUUUCAAGCAUUUACAAUAAAAUAAUUUGUACUAAG